AUGGUAGCGCUUGGAGCAGGCGAUCGAUUGAGCAGGAUCACCAUACCUGCUCGGACAAAGUCGGCCAAAACAACCUCUGUGAAGCAGCCUGCCCUUCGAUCACAGCAAGGCAAGCCGAUCGACCCCCGAGACCUGAGCAGGCGGCUAGAACUGGUCCUUGCCGAGAAACAAGCCAAGGAGCGACACCGCGAAUUUUACAGUGUGGGAAAGAAAGGAACAGCUAAAGAGAAGAAAGAAGACGGGAAUACAUUUCGGAGUCUCAACUACAACAUCGCAAACUGGUCGCUUCGUCCUACUGUACAAUCGCAGUCGGCGCAGUCGGCGCCUCGGCCGUCGUCAUUUCACCAAGCUAGCCUGGGACUAGACGUAGCUGUGGAUCAUAGCUCCGAGAAACAUCAAAGACACACGAUAGCGUUCGUUGGAGCAAAAGACGAAGUGGUACAAUCGAAAACUCAACCCAAUUUGGCAACUGUUGCAGUUCCAUCCGCACGACCAAACUCCGUCGCGACGGUGCAGCCGAUGCCCUCGUUCGAACCGGCCGUCCUAUUAUCAUUAGACGCAGUCAAAGCUCAGUAUUCUCUGCUCGAGAAUAGUGAAAAACGAGCCGUCAACGAAAAGGAAUUCCAACGCAAGCACCUUCUUGUACCCACUCGGUUACGGGACUCGCAUCAAGAGCUAUUGCCCAUGGACAGUAUUCAAGUUCCCGCCUCACCUACGAAAGCAGCUGGAAAUUCCGGACCGCGACUCGACGCAAACGAAGCCAGUCCAAACUCUGUCCAGUUCCCCACCAACGUAGCCAGCAAGUCCCUUACCGUUUACGCCGGCACGCCGCCCAUCAGGGAGUCUAUCAGGCUGGUUCCUGGACCACGAAGUGUAACUCCCAUGGCCCUCGAGAGCCCAAAUUUUCAAGCAACACGAUCCCCGGUUGAAGGAUCUGACAACACCUCGCCUUCGGUCGAUAUUUUUCCCACUAUCCCAAGUGCUGUGGCUCCCGAACAGAGCGGACAGAGUAAACAACAAACUGACCCAUUCCCUAUGUUCGAGGAAGGGUUCGCCGACACUAAGCCAGGCCCUCCUCUACAGGCACCAAAUUUUUCAACGCCGAACUUGCGUCCCUUGACUCCCAAGAGCCCGAAAGACUCGAAUCCUACAACGCGUUUAAAAGCAACGACUGCAACUCAAAAUUUUGAUCAGCUCUCUGGUGGACCGGAGGGGACCACUACAGACCAACAGGAUGCGUCCGAUCGCCCGAUAUCAUACCCUUGGGCCCCUCAAUUUCCGUCCACCGGAGCACAAUCCUCGAGUAUACGUGCUGUGGAUCCGGAACCGCUACCCAAUGUGUCUGUUACAGUAAUGCAGCAAGAUGAUGGGAAAGACUUGGGGAAAGCCGAAUUAGAUAUCGUUCUAGCAUCAACGGAGACAGAUUCGAUACAAGCGUUCAAAGACUUCAAACUCGACCUGGAACCACAACCUCAUGAUGCCGAAGAAAACGCUGCAGGUCCCGACCAAAAAGACGAUACGCAAGCGCUUGUAAAGUUGCAGCAACAGCUGAAAGAAGAGGUGGAUAAGGCACGGAAGGAGGCAGAUAUGUUCAAGACGGGGCUAAGGGAGCGGGACGGGUUUCAGGAGCUGAGACGUGAUUCAGGAACCCUUGGGGCCCUCGACAAGGGAACCAGUAUGAGAAGUCCUGACAAGAGCAAGAGCGUUGUUGGCGAGACCCAUGCGCAGAGAAGUCCCGUAGAGGUCGACCGGAGAAAAAGUCAAACUGACUCUGAAAACCGAAAAAGUCGAGAUGUUGCUGGCGGCCAGUCGCUCUUAGAUGAACGUGCCAAAACCCGGAGUAGUGUCGUCGUGGACGAAACGCUCACGGUGGCUACUAGUCCUGAUGAGGCAACCGACGAUGGAACUCGCAAGCGGCGCGGCUCUAUCAACGAGAAUCUUCAAGGAACCGGGGCAGUUGGAAUUGGAUUUUUACCUCCUGGUGAAGUGCAAAGGCGAGCAAGAAGAGAGCGUCAAAAGGCUAGGGAGGAAGCUCGUCAAAAAGCCCUUCAAGAUCUCGACCGUUCACCCAAAGAUCUACCACCAACUUCUCCUGCCCGCCAAUCUGUGAUUGGCCCCGCGCAACCAAUGAAGAGAACGCAAACGACAUCUGACCCGAAAUCCAGAAGGAAGUCGGUCGGUGCCACGAGCAUUCGUCGAGUGAAAUCAAUCUUUGGAGGAAACAAAGCCCGUCUAGGCAGCAGUGCAGAUGUUCCGGGAGGGCACACAAAACCUCCAGUCCCAACCGAGCCUCUUCCCAAAUCCAACGUCGCGUCCACUCCAGCCUCUCCCACUAAAUUCCGCCAUACAAUCAUCGAGGACACCAGGAAGCCCAGCCUGCAACCUGUGGACUCCGUCCUCCAGGACACAACCUCUCCCACUACCAGCAAAAACGAGUCCCACGGUCCCGACCAGGCAGCCAGCUCCGUCCGCACCCGCCCAGACCUCGUUCUUGACCUCCCUUUGGUCAAAAAGUUGGGGGUAGAAGCCGACGCGAUCUCACCCCAGUCCUCCCAAGUCCUCACUCCAUCCUCCCCUCACGCUCGCCCGACAACCGCGCCCGCGCCACGUUCACCAUCCAGCGUAGAACAACUCGCACCAGGUCCCCUAUCAUCCGAAUCUGCUGCACCCCUCGACGAGAAGCAGACAAAGCCACGACGACAGACGCUGGAAGAACGGAAAGUGCGGGAAUUGGCCGCCGAGCUCGGCAAGGAGGAUAUGAACGAUGCGUCGUUCAAGUUGCUGCGAGAGCGCGAGAGAGAGUCGGCGAGGAGGAAGGAAAUGGGAGCAAAAGAAUGGGGGACGGAUGGGAUGGGUGAUGAUGAGAGAGUAGAGCGAGCCGCCGGGAAUGACGGUGAAGCAGUGAAGGAGAAGACUCCAAAGAAGCCAAAGAAAGGUGAUAAGGUGGAGAUGAAAGAGAAGAAAGAGAAGAGGGGAGGCUUGAGGAAGCUUUUCAGGAUCGGGGGGAAGAAAGCGUAG